UUGUCUUUGAAAAUUCAAUAAGACCAGCAAAUUAAUCAAGAAUGAAAGGCUCUGGUUCCCCUUGUGGCGCCUGCAAAUUCUUGAGAAGAAAAUGUGUAAGAGGUUGUGUUUUUGCCCCUUAUUUCAGCCAUGAACAAGGUGCAGCUCAUUUUUCAGCAAUCCAUAAGGUUUUCGGGGCCAGCAACGUGUCCAAACUGCUUUCUCACCUUCCUGUUUGUGAUCGGUAUGAGGCUGCCGUCACGAUCUCGUAUGAAGCUCAGGCUAGGGUUCAAGAUCCGAUUUAUGGUUGUGUUUCGCAUAUUUUCGCCCUCCAACAGCAGGUUUUCAACCUUCAAGUCCAGCUAGCUUCCCUCAAGGAACAAGCAGCUCAAUCCAUCCUAAAUAGCUCCAAAAAUGUUGACCCUAAUCAGAAAUUCUACUCUGGAACCAAUUCUUUUUCACAAGAUGUUAAAAGUUGGUUCCAGUCCUCUCAAAACCAAGGACUACUGUCCCAAUUGUACGCAAACUCGAGCAGUACUAAUAUUAGAGAGAUGGCACCAUAUUUCGAAAGCAGUACCAUGAAUGAUCUGAACCCUUUGGGAAAUAAUGAAAAUUCAGCCUUCCUUGAGAAAAAUACCUCAUUUGGUAGCAGGGAUUCACUUGAACUGCAAUCCAACGACAGGGAAUGGCCCUUUCAAGAUGAUGGAGAUGACCUUCAAUCAGUAACCUUCAGAUACAUCCAGCAUUCUUGAGGAAUUAGGGCUUGAUCAGUAUUUGCAUUUCUGCUGCCAUUGGUGAGAGCUGGAAACCCUAGAAAUGUUCUUGCCGUAAGAAGCCUGUAUUACACCCCUAUGAUUGAUUUCUCAGAUUAUGUGUACUUGGAGAUAACUAAUUAUAAGUAGA